AUGCGCUCAAGUCCAAGCAUCGUCAUCGAGCUGCAACCCCGUCCCGACACAUUUGAUCAGACUGACAUGAAGCUCCUGUGGUUUUACACUACGGCCACCUGCAGCUGCUUUUCUCUCCAAAGCGGCAAGCAGAGGCCCGUCGAGGACAUUAUGCGUACCUUGGUGGUCCGCCAUGCUUUCGAGACCCCCUUCCUAAUGCAUUCGUUGUUCGCUCUUGCAAGCCUUCAUCUGCAGAGCUUGGGGCAAAGCAUUAACCCCCAACGCGCUCUAUCCUACCGAGCCAAGUCGUUUGCCGGCUAUCGAAGGGCUGUCCAAGAGGCCAAGCCAGAGACCUUCCCAGCUCUCCUCGCCAACUCCCUGCUCCUCACCGUCCUAUCGACGCAGGGUUUCCGUGAGCCCGACGGUAAAUGCCUCUACAUAAUCGAGUGGAUGCUCCUGUGGCAAGGGAUCGGCUUAGUUGCUGGCCUCGUUGACGUAUCCUCGAUCCCCUCUGCAGGCUUGGAACCCUUGUUUCACCGACCCGCCAUCGACAUGGAAGCUGCCGCCGCCGCCGCCGCCGCCGCCGCCAUUCCCGACCAUCUUGUCACCAUGGUUUUGUCAAUGGAGCCAGAUGACGCUGAUUUCCUUGAGACACAAACUUAUCUUGUCACGCUCCAGCAUCUCGGCUCCCUUUACUACAACUUGCGCAAAGGCCUGGGCGCCAUCAUGACCCUACGCAUCAUCACCUGGCUCACCUACCUCCCCCGUCGGUUUGUCGAGCUUGUCCGCUCGAGACGACCUCGCGCUCUCGUCAUUAUGGUCCAUUACGCGGCCUUCUUAAAGGUCGUCGCAGGUAUAUGGUGGAUGGCGGGCGUCGGCGAUCGCUCAAUUCGCGACAUCCUCGAUUACUUGGGACAUGAAUGGCGCCAGCAUGUCGAAAUGCCGCUUAGGGCAAUGGAUUUUGAUGAUGCUACGGAACUUGCCCGUGUCAUAUCCGGAGACUUUCUUCCCAGCCCCGCCUGCUAUAGCAUGCUAUAG